CAUAAUGUACCUCAGUUUGGCGUUAUCAUCUCGAUGUGUAACAUCAAUCUCGAUUCGCGCGACCAAUAGUAACCAUUUUGGCAGGAUCUCUGCUAAGCUUUACUUUUUUCCGCCACUUUAAAGAAAUUCUAUUGCUGUAGUGAUUUGUUUUUGAAUAAUGUAUUAUUAUUUAAUGUGAUUUCUAUUAUAACGAAGGUGUUCAAAAACUUAUAAUAGAUCUAUAUUAUUUGAUUUAAUCGCUUUUGGUGAAGUUGAACAAAUAAGUUAGCAAGAUGCAAAACAUUGUGGACUGUGAGGAGCACAUGCCCAAAGUGGACACCAUACGGCUGCGAAACAAACACAUUGGCAAAUCCUGCCAACUGUUUUAUAAAACCGACCCGUUGAAAAUAGUCCGCGGCCAGGGCCAGUAUAUGUACGACGAGGAGGGGUCACGCUAUCUCGACUGCAUCAAUAACGUUGCACAUGUUGGCCACUGUCAUCCAAAAGUGGUGGAAGCCGGUGCCCGCCAGAUUGCUACUCUGUCCACCAACAAUCGCUUUUUACACGAUGAAUUGGUUAAGUGUGCGCAAACUUUGGCCUCGAAAAUGCCGGGAAAUCUGUCAGUAUGCUACUUUGUCAAUUCUGGCUCUGAAGCUAACGAUUUGGCCUUACGAUUGGCGCGCCAACAUACAAAGCGACAGGAGAUUAUCACCUUGGACCAUGCCUAUCAUGGUCAUGUGUCAGCGGUGAUGGAGAUUUCUCCUUACAAAUUUAAUCAACCCGGGGGUGAUCCGCAACCAGAUUUUGUUCACGUAGCUCCUUGCCCGGAUGUCUAUCGAGGAAAGCACCGUGAUUGCGACUAUCCCGAGGAUACGGAUAUGGGUCAGUUGUACGCCGAUGAGGUGGCUCGUCUUGUGGAAAAUAGUCGGAGCGGCAUCGCAGCCUUCAUCGCCGAAAGUUUGCAAAGCUGUGGUGGGCAAAUCAUCCCACCGAAGGAUUAUUUCAAGAAAGUGUACAAAAUAAUCCGUGACGCUGGUGGCAUCACAAUUGCUGACGAGGUGCAAGUCGGCUUCGGCCGUAUCGGAACCCAUUAUUGGGCAUUUGAACCGCAUAAUGUUGUUCCAGACAUUGUAACCGUUGCCAAACCGAUGGGCAACGGUCACCCGGUUGGUGCUGUCGUCACAACGCCGGAAAUUGCAGAAAGUUUCGCUUCCACUGGAGUGUGUUAUUUCAAUACGUACGGUGGAAAUCCUGUGUCUUGCGCUAUUGCCAACGCUGUAAUGCGUGUUAUCGAUGAAGAGAAUCUCCAAGAAAAUGCCCUAACCGUGGGAAAAUAUCUUCUUGAGCAGUCUCGAUCUUUACGUUUCGAGUACGAUGUAGUUGGUGAUGUUCGUGGAACGGGUUUAUUUAUCGGAAUUGAGUUGGUCACUAACCAAAAAGAAAGAACUCCAGCAACCAAGAUGGCCAAAGACGUUGUAGACAGAAUGAAAAAUACGCACAAAAUUCUCGUGAGUAGUGACGGCCCCAAUAACAACGUGAUCAAGCUAAAGCCGCCCAUGGUGUUCAACGCUGAAAAUGCUGACGAAUUCUUAUAUGGCUUCCGCGAAUGCUUGACGUAUUUGGAGAACCUGGAAAAGUCACACGGCUCUGAAGUACGUUCGGUUUUAACAAUACCAGUGCCAGCAACGGGAGGGCUUUGCAGUCUUGCGAAUAAAACGAUUAGUGAAAAGCGCGAAAAGUUGAUCAAAUCAGUUUGAAGAAAACGCAUAAUGUAUUAAAUAGUUUUCUCAAACUUUCAGAUUUCUGUUUCCAUCUGUAACUUAAUAUACUUAUUUGUUUAAAAAUAGGUAGGCUUACUACUUCCACGUAAAAUUAUACCCUGAAGGAAAUUUUCUUCAUUUUAUUAAAUUACCAUAUUAAUAAUCA